UUUUUGGAAAGAUUACGUACAACUUUUCUAACAUACGCCUAAUUCCACAUCCAAACCCUCCUACAUACUUGCUUAAGCUUGUGCAAACCACGCUUACAAAAUAACCCUUGGCGUAGAACGCACAUCCGUCUACACAUUAGAAUCCAUUCAUCAGUCUUGGUGUCUCUCUUCGAGUUCGUUGUUUUUCCCCAAAACCUCCCCAUUUCUUCUUCACCAACGACAAUAACAACAUCGGAGCACCAAAAUGUUGGCUCGUCUCGCAUCCAAACGGUUGCUCGAGAUCCGUCAAGCUUUCCGUCAAUCCCCUCAGACAAUUCGAUCGUUAUCCACUGCCCUUAACUAUCAUAUUGAUACUCCCGAAAAUAACCCCAACGUUCCUUGGGAAUUCAAUGAGGCUAACAAACCAAAGGUAAACGAGAUUUUAUCUCACUAUCCCUCUAACUACAAGCAAUCUGCAGUCAUUCCACUGCUAGAUCUUGCACAACAACAACAUGGUGGUUGGCUUCCUGUUUCAGCUAUGGAUGCGGUGGCUAAAGUUGUAGAAGUUGCUCCUAUCCGUGUGUAUGAAGUUGCUACAUUUUAUUCCAUGUUUAACAGAGCAAAGGUUGGCAAAUACCAUCUUUUGGUCUGUGGAACAACUCCUUGUAUGAUCCGUGGUUCACGUGAAAUUGAAGAUGCAUUAUUGAAGCACUUGGGAGUCAAACGAAAUGAGGUGACAAAAGACGGGUUGUUUUCUGUUGGAGAAAUGGAAUGCAUGGGUUGCUGUGUGAAUGCUCCUAUGAUAACUGUGGCUGACUAUUCAAAUGGAUCCGAAGGAUAUACCUAUAACUACUACGAAGAUGUUACACCAAAGAGAGUUGUGGAAAUCGUGGAGGCGUUAAAACGAGGAGAAAAGCCACCUCAUGGGACCCAGAACCCGGAGCGCAUCAACUGUGGGCCCGCAGGAGGGAAUACUACAUUGCUGGGUGAUUGGAUGAUUGCAACUAAGCAUCUUGGUGUUGUCUAUUUAGACGAAAUGUAG